UUACUGAGUGUAUUAUUUGUUUAAUUCAUGUAACAAAUGUGUCCAAAUGUGCUAUGAUUUGUGAAGUUCAUAAAAUGGAAACAAAAGAAGAGCUAAACAAAAAGCAGCACGAUGACAGCGACGCACUCGAGGCUGUGCUCAGUCACGUGGGCGAAAUGGGCCGAUAUCAAAAGUGGCUGUUUGUGGCCAUGGCACCCUUCGGUUUCAUCUUUGCCUUCGUCUACUUCGUGCAGAUGUUCGUGGCUGCCACACCACAGACCCAUUGGUGUAGAGUACCUGAAUUGGAACACUUAGAUCAAGAAUUAAGAUGGAAUUUAUCAGUACCGAUGUUAGAAUCGGGCGAUUACGAUCGAUGCAGAACUUUCGAGGCAAACUGGAGUCAUGUGCUCGAAACCAGCCAGCCACCACAUCCCAACACCUCACAGGUGGAGUGUCCCCACGGCUGGGAGUUUAAGCUGGGGGAUAUUCCUUACCAUACUGUUGUUAGUGAGCGAGACUGGGUGUGCCAAUCGUCGGGGUUCGCGCCUAUAGCACAAUCAGUAUUUUUCGCGGGCUCUUUUGCCGGUGGCCUGCUGUUCGGCUGGCUAGCAGAUCGCUUCGGCCGCGUCCCUGCCUUGGUUGGGGCGAACCUGAUCGGAUGUGUAGGCGGCGUCGCAAGCAUUUUCACGGUCGGCCUCUGGGACUUCGCCUUCUGCAGGUUCCUUGUCGGAAUGUCUUACGACAGCUGCUUCAUGAUGAUCUACAUUUUAGUUCUCGAAUAUGUUGGACCAAGGCACCGCACUUGGGUGGCUAACAUGUCAAUAGCGCUUUACUUCGGCAGCGGCUGCCUAGUCCUGCCCUGGUUGGCAGUGUGGAUCAGCGAUUGGAGAAAUCUGAUCUUAGCGACUUCGCUGCCCAUGCUGGUCGUGAUUGGGGCUCCAUUUGUAGUGCCUGAAAGCGCUAGGUGGUUGUCAUCGCGAGGUCGCAUCAAACAAGCCGUAGACGUUCUAAGACGGUUCGAGAGAGUCAACAGAACACAAAUACCACAAGAUGUUAUGGAUGAGUUUAUCGUAGCCUCCCGUCAAACGCGACAAACUGACGAAUCUAUGCGCGCGCUGUUCAAAUCGGCUGAGCUGCGCAUAAUGAUGUGCUUCAUGGUCGUCGUGUACAUCGCCUGCGCUCUCAUCUUCGAUGGGCUCGUGCGCAUGUCUGAGAACCUCGGCCUUGAUUUCUUUAUUACGUUCACUCUUACUUCCGCUACCGAGAUUCCUUCUGUUACUUUAUUGGCACUCGUACUCGAUAGAUGGGGUCGCAGAAUAUUGACAUGUGGACCGAUGACGAUAGCCGGUGUUCUUUCUUUGAUUGCUGCUUUUGUUCCAAAAGGAAUCCCGCAAGUAGCGUUAGCAAUAAUGGCACGUUUUUGCAUAAACAUGUCGUAUAACGCUGCGAUACAGUGGGCUACAGAGCUGCUGCCGACUGGCGUACGCGCUUCUGGCUCCUCCGUAGUGCACGUUAGCGGCUACAUUGGUACAGUCGUGUCGCCGUUUAUAGUGUAUUCUGAGCGUUAUUGGCGGUCACUCCCACUCCUUCUGCUGGGCAUCAUAGGGCUGAUCGCAGCGAGCAUCGGCGUGCUGCUGCCCGAGACACGCGGCCGGCCCAUGCCGCAAACCAUCGCCGACGGCGAGCGACUCGUCAGGGAGUACUCUUUAUGCGGGAAACCAGAGAGAGACGUGACAAGCGAAGAGUGGAAGAAAGACAAAGAGAGCUCUCUGAUCACGUAGCGUAUUCAGUAUUCCAAUGACACCAUAAAUCUAAUUUGUACCUAAUUUAAAAAUAAGUAGGAAUCCCAAUUAAGACAUACCUUAGGAGCACAGUAUCACGCGAUAAACCAGUGGUUUAACUAUGAGUUUGAACCCAGUUUCUAAGAUCAAAUGUAGAUAAUUUCUUUCUGCUGUUAAUGAACUAACAAAUCUCAAAAUCGGAUAGGUAUGUUUUGAAUAUACUUAGGGCUCUUAAUUGAUUUAGGAAUUUUUACUUUCAUGAAUUUAAAACGGCUCUCUUAGACAAUAAAUAAGGUAUAUUUUAGCUAUGCUCUGAUUGUAGAAAUGCUUGACUUGGCGUUAGUUAGUCUAAAUUAGACUGUGAUAGUAGAUCAUGUGAACGAUGCUUUAUGAUAGUGCUUUAUAUAGUCUUCCAUUAUUCAUUUAAAAACCGUAAGACAGGUUUUGUCAUCCGUUGGGUGAAAUAUGUAAGGAAUUGUCCUCGUCUCAUAAUAAGAACUUUCUUAGAUCAUCAAUAGCGGGCUUGAUGCAGACACUCUAUCGCGCGUGAUACAGCAAACGUGCGCGAUCGAGCGCACGUGUAAAAACGUUGGAAAGAAAAGGGAAAACCGCGCGAUUGUGCUCAUAAGUCGCGCGUAAUCGCGCCCUCCAACACGCGCCAGUUUCACGCGGUCUAUUCUGCGAUAUUAGCCUUUACACGGACGCUCUUUCCAUUGUAACAAAAACGAACACGAGCGCGAAAGAACGUUAGUUUAAAAUAACUGCAAACAGACAAUUGCUCACUACUGUGCUGGCUUUGGAUAGAGUGUAAAGGGGGCUAUUGUCAUAAUUAGACAUAAUAAGGUUCAAAAUAAAUACACUUUGCAAUAAUAGGGGGUAGUAAUUAACCAGUAGUUUAAAAUUCGAGUACAAACUAUUAAGAACACUGGGCUUUACACUGUGGGCUUUAGACUGUCUUAUAAUUUGGUAUAUGACUCGAUUUGUUAUUCAAAAGUAUAAUGGAGCCCACAAACGCUACAAAAAAUAGUUACUAUCAGACUGCACCUUUUGUUCCACAUGUGUAAUCGGUACAUAUAUAUCCGUGGUCGAGUGGCUUGCAAGCCGGUUUUCGUAACCAUCUCCGAGGUCCCGAAUUUUAUCCCCGGCCGGGUCAUUGUAGAAAACUUUUCUAUAUUGUCUCGGGUCUGAAUGUUUGUGGUACCGUCGUUGUUUCCAAUUUCCAUAACACAGUGCUUUAGUUACUUACUUUGGAAUCGGAGCAUAAGUGAUGUGGUCUAUUAUUUAUUUAUUUAUCGUAGUGAUCUUUCGUUCCGUGUCGCGAUGAGACAGACGACUCUUUAGUGCACAUCUAAUUUUCUCUCUAUAUUAAAUUUUUUUAAUAUAGUUUAUAGUAUUUCUCUCUAUAUUUUUUUAAAUUUUCGUUAUUGUAUCGUCC